UUUAGAGUAUUCAAUCUAUAUGCUAACCUAAGGCCGUGCCGAUCAAUAGAAGGAUACAAGACAGCAUAUGAUAAUGUUGAUCUUGUUACUAUCAGAGAAAACACUGAAGGAGAAUACAGCGGCAUUGAACAUGAGGUGGUUGAUGGUGUGGUCCAAAGCGUGAAGUUGAUUACUAAAGAUGCUUGUUUACGUGUGGCUCAAUAUGCUUUUGAGUAUGCUAGGAAGUCAGGGAGGAAGAUGGUGACUGCAGUUCACAAGUCGAACAUAAUGAGAAGAGGUGACGGGUUGUUUCUCAAGUGUUGCUUUGAGGUCUCUGAUAAAUAUAAGGACAUAAAAUUUAAUGAGAUGUACCUGGACAAGGCUUGCUUAUUGCUGGUACAGGAUCCCUCACUGUUUGAUGUCCUUGUGAUGCCUAAUCUUUAUGGUGAUAUACUCAGUGAUCUUUGUGCUGGGCUGGUUGGUGGAUUGGGGCUCACUCCCAGUGGUAACAUAGGCAGUGAUGGAGUAGCUCUUUUUGAAGCUGUUCAUGGUACUGCUCCUGACAUAGCCGGACAGGAUAAAGCUAACCCCACUGCCCUUCUCCUCAGCUCACUGAUGAUGCUAAGAUACAUAAACCUACCCGACCAUGCCAAGAACAUAGAGAACGCAGUCUUUAAGACAAUCAGAGAAGGAAAGAAGACAACUGCUGAUUUGGGCGGAUCAGCAAAAUGUUCAGAAUACACAGCUGAAAUAAUACGCCAUUUAAAAUAGCGAGGACUGUAGCCGUAGUAGUAGUACUGGUUUAAUAGAUUAGUGACAGUUUAAAUCAUCACUCUUCAUUAUUGUGUGUACUUGUGUAUUUGUGUAGAGUAUAAUGAAUCAGCAUUAUCACUAGAUAUUGGUAUCGGACACUUAUCAUCCAUCAUCGUUGUUUUAUUAUUGAUUUUUAGCAUUGUUGUUGUUUCUGUUAUUAGAAUUUAA